AUGAACUCCCUCCUCGCCUUCGCUGUGCUGUUUGCUUGGGGCUUUUCCCCAGCUCGUGGGAGCCUCUGGGAGCUGCAGAAGAUGAUCAAGGAGGUGACAGGGAAGAAUGCCUUGCUGCAUUACUCCUCCUACGGCUGCUACUGCGGCCUGGGAGGCAAAGGGCAGCCCAAGGAUGCCACAGACAGAUGCUGCCAGCUGCACGAUACCUGCUACAACAACCUCCUGAGCUACCGCUGCAAUGCCAAGGUGCAGGGCUACCGGUACGGCAGGCACGGCGGCAGCCCCUUCUGCCGAGAGGGUUCCUGGUGCGCUCGGCUCUCCUGCCAGUGUGACCGCAGCCUGGCCCUUUGCCUGAAGCGAAGCAUCGGGAGCUACAACAAACUCUACCGCUUCUACCCCAAGUACUGGUGCUGGUGA